UCCAAAUUAUAUUUUUGCCUGCCACCCUCAGGUACUAGGGAGAAGGGGAGAGGAGAGGCGAGAAGGAUGAUUCGAGAGCCGCUGCCUUCAGACGCCGGCGAGAUCCGCGACAUGUAUGCCCGCAUUGGCUGGCACUACACCCUGGAAGAGAUGCGGCGCAAUCUGGCGCCUUGCCGCACCUUUGUCUCGAUCGACUCGACUGAGCAACAACAAGAGCGAGCCGUGGCGGUGCAGGGGAGCAUCUGUGUAUGUGAACAGAAGUCGAUCUGGUCUAUCAAUGGCCUCGUUGUCGAUCCGUUAUGUCAGGGCAAGGGCAUCGGCCGGGUUCUCAUGCAGCACGUACUUAACCUGGCCAAAGAGGCUCAAGUGCCCGUCAUUGUACGCCUCGUCUCGACGACAGAAGGAAUGCCGCUGUACCGCAAGCUAGGGUUUCAGCACAUUACCACCUGCACCCUACUCGUCCGUCGUCUAGCAGGCUAUGCGCGUCCUAGCCUCAUCCCCGUUGAUGACGGAUCGCGGUUCGACGAGGCAGUGUGGUCAAAGGAUGCACCAAUUAUCGACGAACUUUCGGUCCAGGCUACGGGAGGCUGCAAACGCUCCCACAUCAAUCGUGCACACCUUUUUCCAGGGCUCGGGAUCUCGUCUAAAGCAGUAAUGAUCAGGAGAGCUGGAGAAGCCAUCGGGUUCGGAGCGGUCCGUAGGACGUCUCAGUUCGUCAUCCUAGGGCCCAUUGUCGCGCCCUCUGCCACGAUCGCUAAGGCUGUUCUGGAACGCCUGAUGGCUCUCGCAAUGUCAGACGAUCAAUUCAAAAGACCCAAAGACAGCAGCGACGCCACGGCCGGAGGUGAGGAGGUCAACGUCCGGAUCGACGUUACGAGCGAUGUCGACGUCAACCACGAGCUUCGCGAUUGGCUCGUCAAUUCAUGCGGCUUUUCUGUCCGUCAAGACUGUCCUCUGAUGGACUGGCGCGCCGGCCCCGCUGACCCCACGACGGCCAACGGUGCUCAAGACGUCAACUUAAGUCAGUGGGCACUCCUCUCUCAAGGCUUGCUCUAGGGCAUAGACUAAUAAUUCUAAGGGAUUCUACCGAUGGCUUUCGUAAAUGUACAGCACAAUACUUAUAAAGCAGACCAAUAUGAGACCCUAGGUCAUAGGAUGAGAU